UACACCAACUAAAGUAACCGUAGUAUUUCAGUUCGUCUACUAACGACAACGUUUAUGUCCAUAACACGUUUAUAGUAAUACUAAUAAUAGUACAUUAACUGUAGCAAUUAUUAUUGGUUUUACAAACGUACGAUUGAAACAGACGAUAAUGCUCUAGGAAUAAUGGACUCCAAGAAGAGCCCAAACAGGAGAUCCAAACGAAAACCUAAAGGCACUGAAGAGAAUUACUGGGACUGUAGUGUUUGUACUUACCAGAAUUCUCCAGAAGCAUUUAAGUGUUUGAUGUGUGAUGUGAGGAAAGGGACUUCUACUCGGAAGCCAAGCUUUAACUCACAGCAGGUGGCCCAGCAGUUUACUCAAGCUCAGCCUAAACAGAAAGACACCACAAAAGUUGACAGGAAGGUCACAGAAGCCACUGCCUCACCAGAGAGUCAGCCCAAAAAGAGAGCAAGACCACGUUUGAAGAACAUAGAUAGGAGUAGUGCUCAACAGAAAGCCGUCACUGUGAACAAUGUAACUGUUAUUAUAACAGAGUUUCAGCCCAAGCAGCCAGUUUCAACCGAUAUUGCUACAAAUGGUCCUCAAGAAAGGAACAGUAUUGGCAGUGGAAAUGUUUCUAAUGAUGCUAGUCACAGUGGUACAAAAAGAUCUGGUAUAUAUACUGAAAAAAGGUGAAAUGUGCAACUUCUAUGUAACUUCAGUUAAGUAAGAUAGACAUUUUUUGCAAGUUUCAGAAAGUUGGUGUUUCAGCAGGUAUUAAAAUAUUUUCAUUGUGGUGGUUUAAAACAUUUAAUACUAUGUAUAUAGUACUUGAGUGCUGAAAUAAUAUUACACAAGUUACAUUUUUGCAUCUUCAUGACAGCAGUUUGAUCUUAAGCCUUAUGUUAUUUCAAUAUUGCAGCUAAUAGUACACAGAAGUAUAAAUGGCAUGAAGAUUAAAGAAUUUGAAUAAGUAGGUUCUAUUUUAAAGGCUUAACAUUGAUAUGACACAUAAGUACAUUAGGUAUGAAGAUAGCAGGAAUAUGGUUUGACUGUGGUACUUCAAUGUUGAAGUAAUUACAAGACAUGAUAGAAUUAUUUGACUUUGUAGUUUGGUUUCUAGUACCAUUUUACAUGAUUAGUACAAAAGAUAUAAAUAUGACAAGAUUUAACAUGUAUAUUUUGUAUGACUGAUAAAGAGGUACACAAUAAAAAUGGCAAGAACUUUACUGUAUGUUUUUAUUUGAAUUAUUUACUACAAGGAUAUAGAUAACAUUAUGAGGGUAAAAACUUGACUAGUGUAUUAAGUGUGUUUUUAAUUAUUAAUAUAUAUAUAUAGAAGUACAUAACGUAAGGGUGGCAAGAAUGUGACUAUAUUUUACAUUUUUAAUAUUUUUUGAAAUCACCUCUAUUCUGAUAUGAGUACCCAAGACAAAAAAAAUAGUACUAAAUUGUUUACUUCUAGUAAAUGGGGAAAUCAUCAAAACACGUGACUUAAUAUAGCAUGUAUUAUACUAUAUUCUGUAUUUGUCAAUGUUAUUUUUUACUAGUACAUUUGACAUGUUGCUGUAAAGAUCUUGAUUGUACAUAAUGUUUUUUAAUAAUUUGUUUUUGAAUUAAUCAUUACCCACUGUAUAUUUUACGUAAGACCUGAGUUUGCCAUAUAGCAGAUUUUAAAUAUAAACUUGCUUGUUUCUAUUUUUAAGUUGCUUUGAAGCUUGUAAUGCUUUCACUUCUACUUACUAUUAAAUGAUAUCAAUAGAAGUUUGAAUAAGUUAGAUUCAUAAUUGUUUCGUGUUGUAAACUUUAUUAUCUGUAGGCAUGGAAGGUGCUCAGAUUUGGAGCCUAUUUAAAUUUAUUAAGUUACUCGAACCAGUAUUAUAAGUAUCUAAAAGUUUUUGUUCAUAAGCUAUGAUAAAAAAAUUGUCUAUCUAUGAAAUAUAUAAAAGGUGUUUCCUAUGUUAAUUACAGUUAAACAUUAAGGAAAAUGUUUAAAUUUAUGAUUUACAUCAAAAAUUCAAAAAAGUGAAUAUAUUAUUAUUUAUUUGAUUAUUCACUUGAAAGAAGCACCAUUUUUAUAGAAUGCAACACUCACAUGAUCAAACAUGUUCUUAAUAUGUGAUUUUAAAUUAAUUAAUGAAACAUCUUGAUCAGAAAUACCCCUCCCUAUUCUGUUGAUGUAAUAAUUAUUAUAGUUUACCUUACAUACAACUGUUACUCCAGACUAUAGUCAAAUAUAAAGUUUUGUAAUUGUCUAUUUUCAUGUAUAUUUGCAUGUUCAUAUACAAUGUGUUAAGCUUUGUGUUAUGAGUUUCCAUGAGCUGUUGUGGACUACUAUCAUAUUAGUAGCUUUUAAUCAAACAAUAGUGACUUGAUCUAAACAAUUCUGCUUAUUUCCUUCUCUGUUCUUUUUUCAACUGUUCCAUUCUUUAAAACAAAGGAAAUGAGCAAAACUGUUGAUGUGCCUAUGAAGUAACAUAUUGUUGAUAUUAAACAGACAAAAAUAAUUUAUGACUUUGCAUUUUACCUAUCUUGAUAACUACUAAUAUUAUUUUUCAGCCGUCAUCCUAUAAUUAUCAUAUCAUGGAAAACUAAAGCAAUAUUUUACAAAAUUUGCAUCUUCCUGUGCAGUAGAGCAUGUCAAGAUAGAGCCAACUUUCUGAUUGAGUUACAUUUUGAGAGUUUAAACUACGUAGUGCAAACUGGAAAGUUGUAUUCAUUGUUAAAAGAUAAAUAAAACACGAUCAAUUAGUCCAGAAAAUAUAAUGAGUUUUUAUUUAAGCUUCACAGGGGCAAACAAGACACUUGCUAACUUAUUUAGGUUUAUGCAAAAGAUUUCAUAAUAAUCCAAAUCUACGUAAUAAGGUAAAAGUCACGUGAGACUAUAUGAACAUAAUUGUUGUACAUUGUGAAGUUGAAAAUACAUGCGAACAGACAAAAUUGUACUGUUUAAAGCACACAUAAGAUAUAUUAUUAUUAUACUAAUUAAAUACAAACAAUAAUAAUUAAAAAUUGCAUAAUAAUUUUUUGUUUAACUAUGGCUUAUUCUCUGAAAUUAAUAGGGCUUCUUUGCAUUUUCUAUUUAAAAAGCUGUGGCAGUGGGUAAUGAGUUGUUAUGGGACAAUCAGUAUCAGUUAUACCAUGUUUGUCAACAAAAUGUUCACCCACAGCACUGAUUUUACCAUCUAAUGUAUGAAGAGCUCGAUGAUGUUAAUUUAUUCUAUGCCUAAUAGCUCUACCUGUUUCACUGAUAUAUACAGAAAAACAGAGUUUGCAUAUGAAACUAUAUACUACAUUUUUGUGGUUACAGUUUCCUCUUAAACCUGAUUUACAACCUGCACAUUUGUCUGUGGGUUUAUUGCAUGUUUUAGGUUUAAAGGCUGACCUUAUUAACAUAUUAUUCAUAGUUCUACCUGGUUUCUCUGUAAAUCUGAUGUCAAGACCUUAUUACCUGUACACCUGUCUAAUAUAAGGUGAAAUAUUAUGACUAAUGUAUGGUAUAACAGAAUUUGCCUGAAAUACUUUUUUAUGUGGUAAUGUUUCUACAUUGGUAUUGUGGUCUUUGUAUUCAUAGCUUCAUAAAUUCUUUUCAAUAAAUGUUUUUAGAUAUCCA